AUGGCAGCCUCUGCGUCCUCGCCUCUCUCUGUUCUGGGGUCAGUCGUCCACCCCAUGUCGGCCGUCGCAGCGAUCCUAGGUGUCUACACGGUCAUAAAUGCCUUCAAGCUCGUCAACUUCCUCCGCACAACCGCCUACUUCCCUCGAGUAUACUCCAUCUUCCAACCAUUCGCCCUGCCUGGCCUGCUUUUCCCAACGACGUCCUGGAAUAGUGGUCUUGACUGGCACUGGGCUGGUCGGUUUAAGACGUAUGCCGAAGCCGAGACCGUCCAACUCGUCCCACUUGUGUCGGGUAUCUCUAAUCUCUGGACAUCCAACGUCGACAUCGCGCGUCAAGUCGCUGUCGGCUCACAUCGGAGCAAAUGGUUCAAGCCAGAGGGGAGCAGCCAGGUGUUGUUGAUGUGGGGCAUGAACAUUGUUGCGGCUGAUGGCUCUAUGUGGCGCAAGCACAGGCGGGUCGUGGGGCCGGCCUUUGGCGUGGAUCUGUACAAGCUUGUCUGGAAGAAAAGCAGAGAUAUUUACAACGACAUGAUGAACGUAGAAGGCUGGGAUCGGGAGGGGCGGAAGAGUGUGGACAUUCCUGUGGUACAGCAGUACAUGCUCAAGUUUGCCUUUCUUGUUAUCAUCAAUUGUGGAUUCGGAUUCCCGUCAACAUGGGCGGUACCUCCCAGUAGCAAGGAUGGAACAAUGCCGAUACAAGAAGCGCUUCGUCUCGUCAUUGAACACAACAUGCUCCUGUUAUUCCUGCCGAAAUGGAUCUUCCGCCUCCCAAUUGCGAAACUUCAGCGCGUUAGGGCAGCUCGGGAGCGGCUCAUCUCCUUCAUGCACGAACAAAUCGCCAAGCGGCAAGAAGAUGUCGCGUCCGGCAAGGAGUUGCAGUCUGAUGCCUUUACUAUGCUUGUGAAAGCUAACCAAGAUGAGGACGGGAAGUACGCGCUCGACGAUGACGAACUGAUUGGCAAUAUUUUCGUCUUGAUGUUCGCUGGCCACGAGACUACUGCUCACACCCUUGCGGCAACACUUGGCUUUAUGGCUCUCCAUCAGGACAUUCAAGAAGAGGUUCUCCAGCAAAUUCUGGAAAUCGUUGGCUCGGAACGCGAUCCCGUGAGCAUUGUCAUAUUCUUGAUGAAGCGUGUAAUCAACGUGCAGAUCUUUGACGACUACGGCAAGCUUGAUAAGGUUUUAGCCAUCUUCUACGAAGCAGCCCGAAUGUUCCCUGCUGGACACGUUCUAAUUCGAGAAGCGUCGGAGGACACGAUCCUACAAGUUCAAAACCCUGUUGGAGAGGAAGGAACAACUUCAGUGCCUAUACAGAAAGGAACUCAGGCACGAUUUCAACUGAUUGUAGACAUGAUUGGCUUGCAGUAUAACCCCCGGUACUUUGACCAGCCUGAAGUGUAUCGCCCGUCGCGGUGGUACGGGCUGCCGGCUGAUUCUGAGGCCUUCACUGCCUUCAGUAUCGGACCGCGUGCGUGUCUGGGACGGCGAUUUGCUACGGUGGAGGCGACAUGUUUCCUUGCACUGCUUUUGCGCGACUGGAAAGUCACGCCAUUGUUGAAGGAAGGGGAGACCGAGAAGCAGUGGGGAGAGCGUGUGAUGCAUGCGAAUAUUGUGGUUACCCUUGGGGCACGCGAUAUUCCGCUUAGAUUCGAAAGGAGGCCAGUCCUUCAGCCUUAG